UAGAAAACUUCCACAGGAGUGGACACGACGCGGCCGUUUGUCGACCUCGCGGGAAAAGAAAUACGACGACGAGAAAAGGCAGCCGCGUCGGGAAAAGUCGUCGCGUUAACGUUAUCGGUCGGGUGACGCUCCGACGUUUAUAAAUUAUCGAGUCUCCGGGACAAUUGCCUGCCGGGAGAGCGCGCGCUCCUGCGUCCUGAAGUUGGCAGAAAAUCGCAGCAGCGAUUAAUCUCGGUCCGCCAUCGUCGGCGAAGACUCCCGAUCAAAUCGCGCCAUUGGUGCGACCGUUGGCGGCGAACUGGAGACAUCCUCUCGACGACGCACCGUAGCGACCGGCGAUCGUGGAGCGCCAGUGAGAGUUCAUUCGUCCCGAAACACGUGCGGCGCGGGCAGGCAAGACGAGCGGGUGCAAACUCUACUCGGAUCUCAACUUCGCGGACCUCAACUUCUCAUAGUUCGCCCGUGACCCCCGCUGUCGGCGAUGGACGCCAAGAACGAGUGGGACUACUCCAUCGAGAAAGGCCCCAGUACAUGGGUGACGAAGUUUCCCAUGGCGGCCGGUUCGAGGCAGAGUCCGGUGAACAUCGAGACCUCUCGGGCGGAAUCCGAUCACGAGGCUCUCAGCAGUAAACCCCUACGAUGGAAAUAUCCGGCAACGGCCUCGCGGACGCUGGUUAAUCCCGGCUAUUGCUGGCGGGUGGACGUCGACGGCGAGGGCACGUUUUUGAGCGGCGGACCGUUGAUGGAUGACGUUUACAAGCUGGAGCAGUAUCACUGUCACUGGGGAUGCAGCGACUCCCGGGGAUCCGAGCACACCGUGGACGGUCAGGCCUUCGCUGGAGAGUUGCAUCUGGUACACUGGAACACCAGCAAGUACGAGACUUUCGCCGAAGCUGCAAAAGCACCCGACGGUCUGGCCGUUCUCGGGGUUUUCCUCAAGGUUGGCAAGACCCACGAGGAGAUGGACAAGAUCGCGCGCCUGCUACCUUUCGUCUCGCACAAGGACGAGGAGAUCGACAUCACGGAGACGAUCGACCCCGGCAAACUCUUGCCCGACGAUAACGGGUAUUGGACGUACUUGGGCUCUCUGACCACGCCGCCGUGCAACGAGAGCGUCACUUGGAUCCUCUUCAAGAAAUAUAUCGAGGUGUCGCAUCGCCAGCUGAACAUUUUCCGCAAUUUGCGAAAGUUCCCGCGUGGCGAGGAGUGUCCUUGCCACGAGAAUCACGGAGCGGUGAUCAACAACUUCCGUCCGACCAUGCCGCUGGGGAAUCGCGUCCUGCGGGAGUGCGGCAGCUUCUAAGGACGCCUCCUCCCGGGCCGCGAGAGCAAAGCCGAUGAUUCGCGACCCUCUUCGCCACGUCGUUUCCGCGAGCCAUCGAUCCCGGGAGCGACGACCACGGAGCGCGGCCGCCAACGGACGACGACCACGACGACGCCGGCGUUCCACGUGCCUUUCGAUUAAUCAACGAACACUCGCGCGUCCCGCGAACAACGGCCUCUCGCCUGUAAUCGUGUUCCCCCGUAAUCGAGGCUCCGCGAUGACGUGUAAUCGAUUCCGCUGUCCCGCGGACGGACUUUCGGAUUAGGAAUAUAAGUGCCCGCCGAUUCGCGGCUUCGCCUCGGCACGGCUGACCCGACCAACUCUCUCCGCCGUAUCCUCGCAUUACCCGCGUCGAUUACAGGGCGAGUCGCGGAGAGCCCAGGCGCGCUGUCAUUGAAACACCGUAUUGAAAUCGCCGUUUGGCUCGCUUCGGCGGAAUGUAUCGUCGAAUAAAAAUGCUGGAUGUGCGCGGAUCCUCUCUUAUCCCCUUCGCCUCCAACAGUCCGGAUCUGCAAUAGGUGUGAUGAGGUUGCGUCUACGUAGAAAAAAAUUGCCUUAAAUCGAUGACAGAUACUCUCAUAUAUAUAAGCAAGAUUAUUAGAAUAUUUUUCGGAGACUUUGAGUCUUGAAUCGGAUGCAGCUGAUACUCGCAUCAAUACAAAUCCAGCCGAAUCAGGACGAAGAAUCUUCUAAUAAGAUUAUAAUAUUCUCGCUUGUACGUGAAAGUAUCUAUUCUUGAAAACAUCUAUUCGAGGCUCAUUUUUUCUGUGUGUAAUAGGAAUAAUAAGGUUGUAUCCUUUUGCUUUAAGCACUAAAUUCCAACGUAAUUUCGAAAGCGAAAAGGGUUUCCGGCGCUGCCAGACCUCGCAAUUCCCAAGAUUUAAGCGUCAUUACGCCUUUUGUCGGAAAUUACAUUACAUUUUAUUGCCCGGGGCUAAAGGCUGACGGCUUACCACACCUACUGUAGAUCCAGCCUUAGCCUUUUGCUCAAAAGCGAUAAAAUGUAACGUUAUUUCGGACGAAAGGCGUUUCCCGCGCUGCCAAAGCUGCAAUAACGCUUGAAACUCGGGAAUUGCGGCUGUCUGAUAGCGGUGGGAACGUUCCUUCGCUAGAAAUUGCGUUAGAAUUUCCUAAGUAGCCAGGCGAUAUCAAAUGACAUUUUAAUGACAUCUUAUUGACGUUAGAGACGUCAUUAAGCCGUUAUUACGAUGUCAUUUGGCGUCACCUUGCUAUUUUGGGUUAAUGCUUAGAGCGAAAGGCUGAAGGCUUACCACAGCUGUCGUAGAUCCGGACUAAUGGAGAGUUUCGCUCGCGCUCUCGCGCAAUUGCAAUAUUUCAAGAUGCUUCCCAUGUAGCGCGUUACUCAUCAAGUACUCCCUGAGACGUCGACCGUAAGUACAAGAUGCCUCCCACCAACCGGAUGCGCUUUGACGACAGACAGAUACACACGCGCAUAGACGGGCUAUUGGAAAGACUAAAAAAAUACUCGGCAGGCCGUAAUUAUACAGAUAACUAUCGAGUACACCCGGUCUUUCGGCAGCUUCAGGGACGCGUCGUUGCGUCAGUUCCACCAAUUGGCCAUCUCGAGUAUUUAGAACAUUCCGAAUAUAGUACCGUAUCCUUGAACGAUCCGAAGUGGCGCCUCGUGGGCGGUUAAUUUGAGGUGUGCCUUAUCUAAGAAGCGUUCGAUUCAAAGGAUUUCUCGUUCUCAGCCGAUCGCCUUAGGUCCCGCCUGUGUGCAGUCCCGUUCGUCAGCUGAAUAAAGCCAGCCGGUCGUCUCGACGGACACUUCGCUCGCUCGGGGACGGGCGGAGUAACGGCGGGCUAAACAGGGACAUCGCACGACACGCACGCGUGCGUGAGCAUUUCAUUUUAAUUCUUCAAGUGCAAUUACGAGUGAAACGUAGAUUAAACGUUAGAGCGUCUGCUUUUCACGCGGGGAAAUGUCGCUUUCUCGUUAAUUAGAUUCGCUCGAUUCAGCUGCAGGUAGAAGAAACCGCGUUGCUUGCGGCCGAAACGGCGCGCCUCUGUGCGUGCAGACGCGUGCACGAUCCGAUGGACGAGGCGAAGAACAAGGAUAUCGCGACAGCGCACUGAUCGGCCCUCAGGCCGCAGCGUCUCAUUACGUCGCCCAUACACGUUAGAUUAAUGUACAAUAAAUGUGGAGGGGGGGGAGUAUAGUUGUUUUUUAAAUACGAUGACUCUUAUGGCACGAACGCACGCGAGGAAAGUUCCGUCGUAGCGUCGUCGGAUCGAUCCGUCCGGGAGAAGAUGGAUUUGGUCCUUGCGGAAACGACGACGGUCCGGGCAUUGUUCUCGCUUACGGAUGCGUGUACGAUCAGUCACAAGAAAGUUGCAACAUUUCUUUUAUCCGGUGAGUUCCGCCACGCAUCUCGUAUCCGAUCGAAAAAAUGUAUCUCCUGAAAAUGAGUGCACGGAAAAGAAGUUCCUAUCGAAUCGAUAAAAUUUCCAACAGCAAAUGUUGAAACUACGAUGUUGUGUGUUGUCUCAAUGAUUAAAGUAGUUCAAUGUUCAAUUCAAUGGUCUCGAUGACAUCGCCAGAUUGAAGAAGACCCGAUCACGCGAGCUGUUGGGAAAUCCACUAAUUCAGCAGAAUUUUCGUCCGUGUGAGAUAGUUAAUAAAUUUUCCCACUGGACGCGGGAUGCGUCUCGAAAGUUAACGAGAGAAAGUGUCGCAACCUUUCUGUAAUCGACUCUAUGCCCGUUCGCGCACGUUUUUCACUGAUGAAAUUAGGAACGCGUCAAGCGGUCGUGAUUACAAGCCGCUGCUUACGGGUGUCGUCUGGCACGAUCGGCAGCGCAGAAGUCGAAUUCUAGUACGCAAUGUAAUUAGCAAUGUAAUAGCUCUUUAUCAUGCUCUUACUCGACAGGUAAAAGUAUGAUAAAAGUACUUUUUUCGCAAUUUUUCCCGCAUCCUCUGUUGCGCUUGUGACGUCGGGUGCGUCUCGCCUGCCAUCACCUCCUCUCAUAAUCAUCACCGCGCGAGUUUCGUGAUUAGUGGCUCGCAAUCGUGAUCACUUGAUGCUCUCCUGCGUUACAUCGGGCAGAAGAUGAGAGCGAAUCUGUGGUGCAAGCGAGCAUACACUGCGCGCAUAUAUGUGGCGUUUGAAAUAGUUGUUCGUGAUAUAUUUAUGAAUAAAGAAAGGGUGCGUGCGCUUCUGUUGGCGCGCGAGAGAUCCGAAGGAUUGACCGAGAAAGAUACAUAUAUAUAUAUAUAUAUAUAUUCAUAGGCUGAAUGAAGCCGCACGAUGUGACGGAAAACUCAUACGUGCGCGCUCGCGAGAGCGACAACCUCGUUCUGCAUCUCUCUUUUCGUCACGGCGGCGAAGAGAGAUCGACGCGGCGGAUCGCAGGGAGGUAGUCGCUCUCGGCCGCAGGCAACGGUGAAAUUCACGUGACAUAAUCGCGUUGCGGAAAGUUUAUCGCGCGCGCAACUGACGCGCCGAGCAACAAGUGAUGCUGAUGCCGCGACUGCAGCGGCGUCACUGUUGCGAGCGCGACUUUGAGACACGCGGCAACAGGUAACAAUGACGUCGGUGCCUUUAGAAGUCAGAGGUGAGAUCACGCGGCGGGUUCUCGCCGGCGCGAGAUUUUGUCCCCGCGAGUCGCGAGUUCUGGGGCGUUCUCGUUGGUGAGAAAAACCCCUCUUCGUGUGAAAUCCCGGCUGACACAAACGUGUGCGCGUGUGUGAAGUAACUAAUGACGCGCGAGAAACGUCAUAAAGACGUAAUGAGAGACGGAGAUGAAGCGCGGGCCACGGAGACUUCGAGCGUCAACGGCAUUUUAAUAACAUAGAUGAUAGCUUUACCUUACUUCGUGCCAUACGCUGGCGAUUUUAUGUAUCAUAACGUGCUAUCUUGCGAUGUAUGUCGAAUAUAUUCACAUAUUCGAAUAUAUAACACCUUUGACACACCUUAUCAUGUUAUACGUUCUCAGGAAUCGCUGAGCGUUACUCGUAAGCUGCGGAGUUUGCGCGAGGUUUACGUCAAGUACGAGUACCACACUGAAAAAAAAAAAGAGAAACGAAUUAGCUUCCUCUUUUUAUCCGUACACGGAAAGAUAAGUCCUUUACUCUCGUGAGGGUGGUUCAAAGGACGAGAGAGAAGUGGUGAACGGCGCGACAGCGUUCCCUCGAAGAAAACGCGCUGCGAAAAGUCCUCUGCGAAACCUCGCGAGAUUCCGCGCGUUUUUGCAGUUCGUUCCUCGACUUGUAAAGUGACGCCUUCUUUCGUCGUCGCGACGGCGCUUCGUCCUCGUCGUCGUCGGAGAUGCGAAAUGCAUGUGUUUGUAUUUCAUAGCCUGGAUACUGUGAUAGAGAGAGAGAGAGAGAGAGAAAAUAAAGAGUUUUAUCGUUCUCGUACGGUGAUAUUCGCGUGACGAGGUCGCGCCUUCCGAUCGUUUAUUACGCGCGAUCAUAGACAUUUAGAAUGUACUGAGCACUCCCAUUAGAGGGCUGAAGUAUUAAUAAGGUAUUAAUAAGAGAGAGCAAUAGGGACAGUGCUGAUUCCCUUGUCCAAUUGCGUGGGUUAGCGGAAAAGAGGGGAAGGAAAGACGAGAAGCGAUGCAUGGUCAUAAAUAUUUAUGUGUCUCCUCGCGCGAUCAAAUACAUAAUAUUCCUCUCUUUCCUUCACUACGUCCUCUCUCACUCUUCUGUUUUCCCCGCAUCACCCCUUCCUACUGUACGACAGAGAAAGCUCCACUGUCAGCAUAUCCUCCGUCCUUCCAUCUAGGCUUCAACUCUCCGAUGGCAAUGCUCGGUUCACCCCACAUGUCUACGCGCGACGCGCCGGCGAGUUUUCGCGUCGAGAGCCGCUGAGCGCGCUUCUAUUCUGAGCCGCGGCGGCUCAUAUGAAAGAGUACAAGGCCGGCAACCGCUAAUCCUCGUAUCCCUCGACUUUGAUGUUCACCGUCGUCGGCCAGGACCAGUUUCAAGGAGAGGAGGAAAACCGUGCGCGCAUGAGAGAAGGUGCACGUGAGCGCGAUACUCACCUUGAUACGAGAGCCCGACAGUCUUUCCAGUAAUUCCUCGAAAAACGCCUUCGAGCUGCGAAAUUACGCGCAAUGACGUUGAAACGUUGCAAUUACCGUGCGAUCAAAUUGGAGCGCGCGCGUUGAGGCCGAUUGAAAAAUCACAAGUUGCAUCGCCCGCGUCAUUUCCGCGCCCGAGAUUCGCCGUCUGAGAGAGUUUCACCUUUCAACGUCAAAUAUUUCCCCCCUCCCCUUUCUCUCUCUCUCUCUCUCUUUUUCUUUCUGCCUGACGGAGAUUUUUAAUAUUUUAGCAAAUGCCUCGCUGAUUAGAUUCGAACUUUUAUUCGAGACGACGAACAUCGCGCGACCGCACUAAGACCUUAUCGCGAGCAGUCGCGUCGCUUUUUGAUGCGUUCACGAGGUCUCAGAACCGGUCAGCGGCUCCGAUGUGGCCGUAUGAGGGUUACUACACUCUCACGGCGGUCGAUCACACUUAUACCCGCCGCAUCGGGCCUGAGUAAUGGCCGUUGAACGUGUUAAUCCCUCGUCCGUAUAUGUGUGGGCCUUGAGAAUCGAUAGAAAUAAAAUGUCAUGUAGGUGCAGUUUUCCAUUGUAAUGCGUUGCGCACAGAAUAAAUUGUUUCCAUCUUUGCAA